AUUAAACAAAUAAUCCAUUAUAAAAUUAGGACAACUUCUAUUUUCACACGCCAGUUUCCUCAGACCCGAACAUGGCUGCAACGACUGCUGUUGCCGUGUCCUAUUUUUCGGGGACCCGAACUCAAUACACAAAACAAAAUCCAGGAAAAGUUCAAGCCCUGUUUGGAUUUGGAACCAAGAAAUCGCCUCCUCCUCCUCCACCAAAGAAAUCCUCCCCAAAACAAUUUGAAGAGCGGCUUGUAUGGUUCCCUGGUGCAUCCCCACCUGAAUGGCUUGAUGGAUCCAUGGUUGGAGACCGCGGUUUUGACCCAUUCGCUCUUGGUAAGCCCGCAGAGUACUUGCAAUUUGAUUUGGAUUCGUUGGACCAGAACUUGGCAAAGAAUUUAGCCGGUGAUGUUAUUGGAGUCCGGGUAGAUGCCACUGAGGUGAAACCAACACCCUUCCAGCCAUACUCUGAGGUUUUUGGGCUGCAGAGGUUUAGAGAAUGCGAACUUAUUCAUGGAAGGUGGGCAAUGUUGGGUACUCUUGGUGCCAUUGCUGUGGAGGCUCUCACCGGUGUUGCAUGGCAAGAUGCAGGAAAGGUGGAGCUGAUUGAGGGGUCAUCCUACCUUGGCCAGCCACUCCCUUUCUCCUUGACCACGUUGAUAUGGAUUGAGGUGAUAGUAAUUGGGUACAUUGAGUUCCAAAGAAAUGCAGAACUUGACCCAGAGAAAAGGCUAUAUCCUGGUGGCUACUUUGAUCCUCUUGGCUUAGCAUCUGAUCCUGAAAAGAUAGAGAACCUUCAACUGGCAGAGAUUAAGCAUGCUAGGCUAGCUAUGGUGGCCUUCCUUAUAUUUGGUAUUCAAGCUGCUUUUACAGGAAAAGGUCCCAUUAGCUUCGUGGCUACCUUCAAAAAUUGAUCUCUGUAAUUCUAUAAAACUUCGAGGGAAAAAAAUGCCGCGGUCUAAUUAUUGAUGACACGUUCUUUCCUCUCUUCGAAACCUAUAUAUUUGGAUAUAUAUACAUUUAAUAAAUGUCUCGUUGCUUAAA